CUGAAUUACAUCGGAUCGAUUACUCUUAUGGUGUUGAAACAUAAGUAAUCAAAUCAUAAUAUAUCCCUAUAUUAAAAAUUAUAAUAAGGCUAUUGAAGCACGUGUUAUUCGUGUUUUAUUUAAACUGCAAUAUUUGAAUGAAAUCUGUAGGCUAUAAUGCCUGAUGAAGGGGAGGAGAAUAUCCGCGCGCGCGUCGGUGUUGCAUGUAGGCUACUUUCACAUUUAAAGAGUGAAUCAAACGGUGGAGAGCUGACACUGAAAACACUGAAAACACUGAACACCUCAAAGAAUCGACUGCUGCUGAAAAUGAACGAAAACUCAAAAAAACUCACUUGGUCCGACAAAGACGUCAAAGUGGUGCAAAAACCAAGCGAUCUCGAUGAAUGUGACGAUGACCCUGAUGUUUUAAGAGCUGAGAUGUCUUGCGGUCAUGUCACAGAUCCGCUCUCACUGACAGACUGCUGCAAAGCUCAACUAUCAGCUGGAGAAAUGGUAUUUAAGUGUCCACUCUGUGAGAAACAAUGGCCAUAUGAUGAAGUCCGAAAAUCUGCCAAACUAACAAAUGAUGAGCGAAUAGGUUUUGAGGAUAAGCUUGGAACAAAUGCUACUAUGAAAUCAGUUGACAGCAUAAAGGAUUGUCCUGGCUGUGGCACUUUCAUUCAGAGGUUGCACACUACCAAUCUCGCCGUAGAAUGCUUACUCUGCACAGAGAGGACCGGGAAAACCUAUGAAUUCUGCUGGAAGUGUCAGAGAGAGUGGAAAGGGCCUCGACCUCGUGACGAUCAGUGUGAAAAUGUGGGUUGCAACAUCAAGGACCGGGAACUACUUAAAGACUGUUCAAUGGUCACUUUAAAAUCUGUGCAAAAUGUCCAGUGUCCAGCGAUUCGUGCCUGCCCAUUUUGUGGUGUGCUGAUUGAACACCUUCAAAUUGGAUGUAAAAUUAUGACAUGCCAGAAAUGUAAAAAAGCGUUUUGCUUUGUCUGUCUUAAACCUGCUCAAGAGUGCCUAAAAACAUCCACUCAUUAUGUGUUAUGCUCAGCUGGAGUCGCUCCGAAGCAAGUAGAAGUUCCAAGAUUGUGAGCAGAUGUGCUGUAAAUUAUGCAGAAAUUACGUUUAUGUACAAAUAAUCUAGCAUAUUGUGCAAUGCAUACAUAUUCCGAGAGUGAUCUUAAAUGAUUUACAAUUUAUUUCUUUAUUUGAGAAAUAGCGCAACUUUAAAAAUAAUGCAAUGUAAUCAUGAAUAUAUAUUAGCAAACACAGUUCGUUUAAUCUGUUUUAACUAGGGCUGGGCAAAAUGGCUAUGAAAAAAAAUCUCAAUAUUUUUAUAAUUGAUGUAUAAAUAUGUAUUUGCUCUGAAAUGGCAUAAAAGCUCAAUUAUCGGAGGAACCAUAAUUUCAACCCAACUUCCUUUGUGAUCAAGUUCAAAAUGUUUAAUGGCUGAAAUAAUUGAAAAUAACGAUUAAUAAAUGAAUUAAUUAUUGAAUAAAACAGUUUUAUAAAUAAUCACAAGAAAGAAUUCUCACAACUACGCUGUAAUAAAAAAUUAACAUUUUUGUUUUACAUAUAUUUUCUACUAAACAUUUUCUGAAAUGAACAGGACAUGCUAUAAUGAAGAUCCACUGAUGGUAAGUCGAGUUGAGAACCCAUGCAGUUUAUUUGAUAAAAGAUUGCUUACACAACAUUUGGCUCCUAAACUCUGGAACUCUGGAUGCCCAUCCCGAGGUGACUAGAGAGGACAUCAGCUCCAGUUGGAUCCAGCCUCUUAUGAAGACUUCAGAUACCUGUGAAGUCUUCAUAAGCUCCAAAUUCGAUGAGCUCAUUGUUUCUACCUUAAAUUCUUUUAAUAACAGUGACUGUAAAUUAAAUUGCCUAAAUUAUUACAUUGUUAGCUAACUGCAUGAUUAUACAUUUCUGAAAUGACAUAAUUUGGGCACAGUCAACUCUGAUAACAGAUCACUAUAAUGUUGACUGCUGCUUUGAAACGAUAUGUAUUGUGAAAAGCGCUAUACAAAUAAAUGUGAAUUGAACUGAAUCAACUUGAUACAAAAAUAAACAGAACUAAAACAGUGUCAUUGAUUCAUGUUCAUGUCUUUUAUUUUGAAAAUUGUCUUGGUCUUGUUUCCUGGUUUGUCAUGUGAUUCACUUGUUCUCAUGUGAUCAUGUCAUGUGCUCCCCGUGUGAAUGUGUCAUGUUCUUAUUGGUUGGUCUAGUCAUGUGUCCUGUUUUCUCAUUGGUUCAUGGUUUAAUUAUUCACAGGUGUUUCUUGUUAGUCGUCAUUAGUCUCUGUGUAUGACUCUGUCCCAAAUGGCACACUUCAUAUGCAAUUACGAUCUUGUGAACUUACAAUGGCUGUCACGUGUGUGAGAGAAUCCAUGAGACCGUAGACUGUCCCAUUUGUGUUUAGGGUGCCACUUGGGAAAGAGCCAUACUUAUAAGUUACCUUUUAUAUUAUUUUAGUACUUUAAGAAUAUUUAGGUAUUAUUUUUUAGACUUGAAAUAGCCUAUACAUUUAACUGUACUUUAACUCUUUCUU